CUUUUUGAAAACUAUUUUUAAAUAUUUUUAUAAGUACAUGUGUUCUUUUUUUAUAAGUACAUAUGUACUUACAUCCAUACAUAUGCAACAUAAAUUGAAUACAAGUCUAAACUUAAACUCAGCAAAACUUUCCUAAAAAAUGAACAAACUGUCAUACUUUGUUAACAAUUUGUUGAAACGAAAAAAAAAAGAGAAAGCUAACGAAAAUAUUCAAUCAGUAACUUUUAAACUCAAACUAAAUGGUUUUGCUGUUAAACCACCUGUGAAAGUACCAGAAUUCAUUUCGAUUCGUGAUGUAUUAAACAACUGCAACAUUGUUCAUGAUCUUAAAGGUAAGCUUGUUAUGUCUACAAAACCACCGGAACAAUCAAUUAUUGCAGCAUUAGGAAACAGUUUAAUCGGAGCCUUGUAUGACGCUUAUAAGAAUCACUAUGCUAUUUCAAUUCGCCCUGAUGAUGUCUGGUUAACAAUUAUCAUAGAACUAGCAGACUACAUUGAUAAACACGCCGAAGAGAUGCGUUAUCUUUUUGUAAACCACGAGGGGAAAAAGAAGUUAACAGUUAUUAGCAAUGCUGCUGGCGAUUUUUCCCGUUUAACCAAAAUAAUGUCAGAUCUUAUUGGUGAAAAUACUAAAGACAACUUGCGCGAUUUUAUUGAGCCUCAGUUUACUACCACUACGCCCAACGACAGUUUAAUUGCGCGAGUAGCGCUAAUGGGAACUGUGAAAAACUAUUUUAAAUAUGAAUUUUUAUUGGUAUGUGGGAUACCUCAGGUAACUUUAAUGGGAACAAUUGGCGACUGGAUAAAACUAAAAGAAAAAAUUAUUGAACUUGGUAAGAGAUUUGCUGAAAAUCAACCAGAGCUAGGUUGGUGGAGUAAUAUUUUAGUUCCUAUUGCCGAUAAAUUUAUUAAAAGUUAUAAUGGAAAUCCUAAUGAUAAUUUUUGGCAAAGUUGCAUUGAUUUUCAUGCUGCUCGAGGUUUACCAUCAUGCAUUAAUCCAAACAACAAAAGGAAGCCAAGUUACUUAACUGGAUGGGCAUUAGCAUUUUCGCCUUUUUUUGAAGGUCAAUGGCGUUUAAAUAAACCAGAAAAAAUUUUAAAAUCGGGUUCUUAUGGAAAAGUUCCUUCACAUCAAUCAAAACUCAGCGUUGUUAAAGUUGAUAUUGAAUUAAAUGGAAAGAAUGCUUGUUUUUAUGCAGGUAGCAUCGUCAACACAUACCAGAAUGAUACAAACACUAUUCGACCCAACUUUGAUUUUGCUAUGUUUAUGAUCCCAUAAUUAAAUUACAUAAAAAGAACUAUUUAAAAACCAUCCAUAAGACUUUUAUAUUGUGAACUUAUGUUUAACAUAUAUUUUGUUUAACAUACUUUGUGCUUAAAACAUUUUAUGGUUAACAUAAUUGAAGUUUAAUAUA